CUACAGAAGGAGCUGGAGGAGAUGCGUGCUCAGAUGGAAGCGCUCAAGCACGAGCAGGCUCAGCUACAAGAAACCUUGAGACGAGCCGAAGAUAUGCGCAUGGCCAAGGAGGGCGAAGUUAGUAUUUUGAGGAAGGGUAUGCAAAAGACUGCGCAAGAGCAUGCAGCAGAGAUGGCCAAGAUCAAGACUGCGAAGGAGGCUGCAGAAGCCAUGCAAUUGAAGAUACAGAAUGAGAAGAAGGAAGAGAUCGACCGUCUAAAGACUCAGUACACUUUCAAGCAACAUGAACUGGAGACGUCCGGUCGUGGCUCACCCUGGAGUACUCGUCCUCGCAAGAUCAGUAGACAAGUGCCCUCGACGCCUGGCCGCGUACCUUCCCAGAUGCGUGAAUGGAAUCCACUCGGCAUAGACGAUUCUGCCGGUCUCAUCAGCUUCAACGACGUGGCCACCUCCACACAGCAAGCAAAUGGUGCCAGGAGAGCUCACGAACCCAGGCAACAGAGGAUCGAGGUCGUCGCAGAUAAAGUGAUACCCGGUUUCGUCAAUGCGUUUGACUCCACUCCGCCGCGCCCCUCACAAGAUGCCAGGAGCAAAGUCAGGCCGCCCGAGGGCGUGCGUGAUGGCAUGACCACCGAAACAUCUGACAACUUCUUCACACAACCUCCAUCACACAUUCCUCCGAGUAGUCCUCUCGGUCUCAAGCAAGCCAGGAGGAACCAAGGCCAAAUCCAGCUAGGUGUCAGAGAUAAUGCAACGCAGGUGCGAGUGCAGGAACCGACGCCGCGUCCCGUUGAUGUCGAUGGGAUCGAAGAUCUCUCCGUCACAGACUGGGCAGCUGAGGUACACCGCAUCAUCCUCACGCACAAGAGCCCUUCCUCAACGCAACUGACGAUGCAAGUCCUCAUGGGUGCAACUCUCCCGGAUACGGCAUCUCAAGAACACCGCGACGCCUUUCAUCGACUGAGCAAGUCGCUGCUAGAAAAUUUGGGCGUCAUGCUCUCAGAUCUAGUAGAUGAAGACCAUGCCAUACGGACGGUACUCGACAUCCUUGUCCGGAUGGCCGACGUCCUCCAGGCGUGCUCAGUGGUGGCCCCAUUGAUCAGUCUCCUCGGUCUGCUCCGUGUGCUCGUUCUGUGGCUGCCCAAAUUCUCUCGUUUGAUGUUUGCGCGGCCAGAGGGUGCAGAGGAUGCGGGCGAUGUGAUCUUCGGGGUCGUAUCCAAGAUCAUAUGCAACCAUCUCGCUCCUAUUGAGGGAGAGAGAUCGGCGGACUUCGAGGCGUUAGCGAAGGAGACGCUGGAGCUAUUGGAGGACAUCGCGUGGGUCAUACCCGAGGAAUACACGACCCGUCUAGCAACUGUGCCAACUCAGCAGGAUGUGAUGAACAACCUGCUCGCCCCUGCCCACCCGACUUGGUUCCUCCACCAUUCUGUCCGAGUCCUGGUCUUGAUCGCGUCUCAUCAUAGCAUAUUCCGGAGCUUAUUAUCCAUACCGGAUGCACAAACAAAUAUGGAUGUGGACGAUGCAGCGCCAGCACCAGCGAAAGACUUCUCCAAGAUUCCUCAUAUCGAGCAGAUGGCUUCCUACCUCAGAGACACCACCCGGACAGGGGCAGAGGCGGACCUCCUCCGAGACGCCAUCAUGACCUUCGUGGCGACUAUCUGCAUGGCGCACACGGACGCCGUGACGAUCCUCCAGCAAUCGCAUAUGCUCAUCCCCUCUAUGAUCGUCUUCCUCUCCACCAUCACCACUCCGCUCUUCGAGGAGGACCCGGAGCUCUUAGACGCGCCCGACCAGCUCGAAGCCACCGUGACGCGGUCCGUCCGGAGCGUCUCUGUCCUGUACACGCUCGUAUUUGCGGCAGACAACUCCUUCACCCUGUACCACAACUCGGAGGUUUCACCGCGGGACGUCCCGUCGAUGUACGACGUGCCCUGGGCGGACCCUCCGCUAGAGGCGACAGAAGACAUGAAGAACCUGCUAGACCAAGCUCUAGACUUGUCUCGGGCGCUGCUUGAGACAUUCGUCGAGCCGCCCCUCCUGGAGAUGGUGUGGUCCGCUUUCCAGGUGGGCGAUGAGGAGCCGCAGAAGGCGAGCGGGGGUAGGGUGCAUGAGGUCGAUGACGAGGAAGAGGAGGCGCGCAAUCAGCACCGCCCGC